AUGGCGGACUCACGAACAAUCCACCAACCAAUCCACCCCUCCGUCCGCGCCAAACUCGACCCGGAGUACGUCGCCCUCCACGACUCCAUCAUCCAGUACAUGGAACCCUCCGAGGCCAAGCCCUGGGACCCGGCCUCGCGGUCCGCGCCGAACCCGCUCGCGCACACCACGCAGAAGCUCUCGCCCGUCGAUGUAAAGUGCGUCGUCGUCACGAUUAACUACCGCCACGCCCCGGAACACGUCUACCCGGCCGCCGUAGACGACUGCCUCACAGGCCUGCAAUGGCUCUACGACUCCUCCAACGCCUCCCGCCUAGGCAUCAACACGUCCCUCAUCACCAUCGGCGGCUGGUCCGCAACCCGCCACGUCCCCUGGCUGACGCCCACCCGCAUGGGCUGGUACCAAGACCUCUACUUCUCCCGCGGCGAGCAGGACAAGAAGGAGUGGCGGGCGUCCCCGUGCUUCGCGCCGCGCGAGCUGCUGGCCAAGAGUCCGAAGACGUGGCUCGCUGUCGCGGGGGUGGAUCUGUUGACGACGGAGGGGUUGGCGUAUGCGGAGCUACUAAAGGAGAAUGGGGUCGAGGUUGAGAGUGUGGUGUAUGAGGGGGCGACGCAUUCUGUGCUUGUGCUUGCUGGUGUGCACCAGAUUAGCAGGAAACUCGUCCACGACGCGUGUGGCGUCUUGGCAAAAGGCUUCGGAACCUCGUACGAUCCUGCGGCGGCUCCUAUUCUUUCCCAAGAGGAGUAG